AUUGAAUUCUAUGGAAUUGAAAGUUGAAUAGGUUCACUUAGAAUGAAAAAAAAAAAGGACAGAUAAAUUAUUCAGCUCAAGAGGGUAAAAGAUAUUUGAGACUACAAAUUUGAGCCAUGGGCUUGCCACAAGUUUCCUCUGCUGAUGAUACUAAUGAAGAUCCUGCAGCACUGUUGGGUUCAUUUUUCCAAAGCCCACCACGAUUUGCUGGUGUGAGCACCUGUGAUUUGGAUGGAUUGCAUGGAGGAAAUAUAAGCCAAACAGUAGGGGAUACUCUGAGUUCUUCUUUGGGAGAUUUUCAGAGCAAAACUGCUUUGGAGCGUUCAAAAUUUCCAGAGAAUUCCUUGAGAUUUGGAGGGGAAAUUGAUGCUACUUCCCAUGUUAAUGGAAUGAUAACUGGUUCUGCAGAUAAAAUUGGACGAAUAACUCCUAAAAGUGGAAGGAAUAUCCAAGACCCUGCUUCUAGGAUCAUUGGUUUUGAAUCACGGGGAGCAAGUUCUUUAAAUAAUGGAUUUGAGGGAUUUUCUGCUGAUCAUCCAAAUUCUUCCUCUGUGACUAGCCUCACAGUGAAUGAAGGUGAGCUGGCUGGGCCACUUGUUAGGAAAAGGUUAUUGUCACCUCUAAACAGCAUGCUUUCUGCAGAACAAUUUGAUGGGGAUAAUCUAGAUAUUGGCUGCCAUGCUUCUCAGGAAUCACAUGAAGGACGAUACCAAAAUAGGGCAAUAUCCUUAUCCUCCGGAAAGACCAUUUCACCUCUAUCAUUGUCUCCUCUAGGUCCUAAAUUCUCUGAAAGAAUAAAAACUCCAGAAGGAUGCAAGAAUGUUAAGAACCGCAAAGAGGAUUGCUGUUCAAAUUUGGAGAAUAUAGAACAGUCACUUGACAAACAUAACCCAGACAUUGUCUUUGCUCCAGAAGAAGCUGAUUUCAGAAUAACAAGCAGAUCAUUUGAAGAUAUUGAUCUCUUCCACAAAGAGUUUUGUCUGUCUUCCCUUGAAGGUGCUACUGACAGCUGCUCUUUGUUUCGCGAGCUGGCUCCUUCCCAGAGUGCAAGGUUCAUUAGAAGCUUGAGUAGCCUUCCUGUUCGUAGGUCCUUGGUUGGUUCAUUUGAGGAAUCGUUACUGUCUGGACGGUUCAUUUCUGGAAAAUUCACCCAGAGAAUAGAUGGUUUCCUAGCUGUGUUAAGCAUUACAGGAGGGAACUUUUCACCGCAAUCACAGAAGCUUCCUUUUUCAGUGACCAGUGUUGAUGGAGAUUGUCAUUUGCUAUAUUAUGCAUCCAUAGAUCUUUUUGGAAAUUCAUCAAACAAGCAUAGAGGCCAAAAAUUGAAAAGAGGCCUGAGUAAUGAUGAUUCACAAGCUGUCAGGAGCCGCUUUCGUAUUCCUAUGAAAGGGCGUGUUCAGCUGGUCCUCAGCAAUCCAGAGAAGACCCCUCUCCACACCUUUCUUUGCAACUAUGAUUUGAGUGACAUGCCUGCUGGUACCAAAACAUUUUUGCGACAGAAGGUAACUUUAGCCUCUUCUGGAACAACUUCGUCAGAGUUGAACCAUGGGCAUGUAGGUUUGGACACGAAAAUGAAAGACGAGGUGACCUCUGUGUCACAGAACAACCAUCCUGUAAAUACAGUUGCUUCUAUCAGCCAAAAUAUUGAAGUCAAGAGGAUUGAAUGCUAUGAUGUAGAUUCAAUCGACACACAGAAUUGUCCCAAACAAUCGUGUUGUGAGGGAAAGGCAAGUGUUGAUUCUUUUACACUUGACAAUGAUGGCAGUAAUGGCAAUUGCCAGGGAACUAGUAAGGAGUGCACUGGGGUGGAUACAUGCAUUGGAAUUGACAGAAGAUCAACUCAUGGUUGUUCAAAGAUCAAUGAUAAUGCCCAUGGUGGUGCUCUGCGUUAUGCACUCCACCUACGUUUUCUUUGCCCUUCACCAAAAAUGUCUUCUAGAUCAGUUCAGAGAUGUAAAUCUGAUCCUGCAUCUGUUCCAUGGAAGACACAUUUAGAUGCGGAAGGAGAACGCAGGUUCUAUUUAUACAAUGACCUGAGAGUUGUGUUCCCUCAACGACAUUCAGAUGCUGAUGAGGGCAAGUUGAAUGUGGAAUAUUAUUUCCCAGAAGAUCCAAGAUAUUUCGAUAUCAGCAACUGAAUUGUCUAAUUAACCUCAAUAGAUUGCUGACACUGUACAUGCUCACAACAUGUUUCUUUUAGUCGUCUCAUCUUAAAAUAGCUCUAACCCCUCAACUUGUAAAUACAUCCAUUCAAUUAUAUUUGAUGGGUUGAAGCUCUACUUGCUCUCUUGAUUACCUCUUAUAUUUCUUUGGAAUGAUACCCAACUCUGAUCAUCAUUAGCAUCUUUGCAAGAUCCAA